AGGCGUGACCUACAGGUAUUAUAUUGCAUUUCUUUUACUUGGUUGGAAAAGGAAAUAGGACUUUAAAAAAAUCUUUCCUCGCGAAGUCCUCAUUGAACAGACUGUAAUAUUGUCUACUAGAUCAAUAAGCACAGAAAUUGUCAGUCAAUCUGAAGCCGGCACAUGUGGUACAGACGGACAUGCUGCACAACUUAAUUGUGGAUAGGCUUUGAUUGCCUGGGUCUCUCGUGUCAGUCUCGUAAGUACAAUCAACCAAAUCGUAUGAGGGAGACACAACAAGGGCGCGAUAUGCAGUGAUUUGCAGCAAGUAACUUGUAAUAAUACCAAACCAGUCAAUUAAAAUCGGUAUUUGAAUGUUAAAGGCAAUUUGUAUACGGCUUAUUAGGACACACAUUGGUAUAAAGAAAUGGACUUUUGUGUGUAUGCAAACGGCAGCAUGCACGUAUCUGUGGCCGACCUGGGAGCUAAACAUGUGACAGUGUACGCCAAUGCAGGCGUGUUGUGUGUUUGUGUUUUCGCAUUCAUCUAUAGGGCACAUGAUGACAUCAGUCUAGCGUAGUCAGUCACACACUCAAAUCUGACAAAGGUCAUGGCACGCCUGGGAAUUCUUCGCAUCACCGACCUCAAGUGUCUCAUGGGUACUUUCCUUGUAAUCACCUUCUUUGUUUGUGUCAUCAUCUUAAUAAUGGCUCAAAACGAACAAACCAAUCGCCUCCUAGCCUUCGAUCUCGCCAGAGACGCCAUGCAAAGUCCCUCAAUAACCAACCGUCUCCUGAAAGGUGGGAGCAGAGAUGAAGAGAGAAUGUCCAGAGAGCACACGGGACGUCGCAGCGACAGAGGAAGGAGACUAAACAGAACUGACGUUAAGUCCUCUACAACAGGCAUCUCGAGGCACGAAAACCAAACGUCAGUCAAAGAGGAUGAGGCAACCACCAGGGGGAGCAGAAAGUCGGAACGAAUGGAGGAAGAUGAAGACAGUUUUUCUGUCACUUUGAGAACAGCAGAUCACAGACAAAAAGAUUUUGUUUUGGCACCAGAGGAUGAUGUGGCAGACGUCAGUGAUAAUCUCAAGCAGACCGAAGACUCUGCAAACAUCAAGACCGCCAAUCGGCACAAGGAACAGGGCCACGAAAAAAGCCAAUCCACCACCAAGAUAAAGAAGUUGCGUCUUAAGCACUUAGCUGCUUCGUCAAUGGAGAAUUUCACCUCACCUUAUAUUGACAGAAAUCUUGGCAAACCCGGCAUGAAAAUAAUCACAUGGUAUAAGCCAGAUGUCAUACCGCAGUUUUUUACCAGAAGGAAAGCAUUUGAGAACUGCCCAGUCUCAGGUUGCAAGUUUGAAUUCCCUUUGUCUGAAGAUUCCAUUCCUGAUGCAAUUAUCUUCGAUGGCGCUCACUGGCGAGAAGACCCUCCUCCUCGACGCCACUCUGACCAGGCCUACGUGUUCUACGAUAUGAGCUCGCCGGCGCUGCCACGUAAUCUCGUAUGGUCGCCGGCUUGGAGCACGGUGUUCAACUGGACCUGGACGUAUCGCCACGACUCGGAUAUCUGGGAGCCACUGGGACUGCUGAAGAGGAAGCCGUCGGACAAAGUGAUGCCCAAGGAGUAUUUUCUGGAGCUCACCAAAGGCAAGUCGAUUGCCGCCGCUCUGGUGUACGACGAAUGUCCACGGGCUACGCCCAGCAGAAGGGAGGACUACAUCCAGGAGCUGAGGAAGUACGUUCAAGUUGACGAGUUCCACCCCUGUUCAAACACGACCUGCCCGGCAGAAGACGUGAGAUGUUCGCAAACUUUAACCAGGGAUUAUUUCUUCCUACUGGCAUUCGAGGAAGACCUGUGUCGGGACCACAUCACGGACAUCUUUUACCGCGCCUGGCGCCCUGGUAUGAACGUGGUGCCUGUAGUGCGAGGGGGCGCUAACUACGGGGCUUAUUUUCCAGAAGGCACUUAUGUGGACGCUGAUUGGUUCGAAUCUCCAAAGGAGCUGGGAAAGUACCUGGCCGAUCUGGCCGCCAAUAGAGCGCUGUACAGCGAGCUGCUGUGGCGCAAAGAUCACUGGCAGAGGUCAUCGAAAAAGGUUGCCAACUUGGCGCUAUGCAAACUUUGUCAGAAACUGCUUCAGCUGCCGCAUACCCACAAACGCUACCCGGACAUUCACAAGUGGUAUGAAGGCAAUGCCUGCCGCUCGCCCACGCUGCCAUUUUGAAAAGCACGUGCUGUGUACGUCACGUGUAAAGAAAGUGUCUGUCAAAGGCUAUCGCUGCUUACAGACUUUAGUAGCUUGUGAUCGAGCAGGUUGUGAUGUCCAUUGACGAUAAAACUUUACAUAUAAACGGCUCUAUAUUAACUAAAACUUGACACUAUGUACGCUGUAAAUUGCUUGAUAAAUCUAAAACUUGACAACAUUUACGGAUGCAGACAGGCUGUUACAGUGGCCACGGACCUUGACUGGGUGAUAGUGCGAGCCAAAUACUUCACGAUAGCAAGUCACAAGUGUAUCUCAGUUCAGUUCUCUAAAUCACUCUAAUUGUGCAUGAAUCGUACUGACUGUUAUACGAUGAUUAUUUAAACACACCAUCUUUAUCACCUACAAUAAUUUGUAAAGUUAUUGUUUAGACAAUAAUAACCUUUACCACUACCACGUUAACCGCCACUGCAGCUACGACUCUUCGAAGUGUUUAAAUUGGGACACUAAUUACUUACGGCAAGAAUGUCAGCGCCUUUUGAGGUACUAAUUGGUUGACAUUGCCACAGAAAGAAAAUACACUUGUAAUGGUUUUGUCUA